AUGACUCAGCUUCCCUUCACCCUUCGGGACCAAAGCCUUUUGCACGGGCAAGCCUACGUCAACGGACGAUGGAUAGAGUCCAAAUCAGGGAAGCGAUUCGAUGUCAUAGAUCCUGGUACUGGGCAGAAGUUCGCGUCGUGUGCAGCUGCGUCCGCCUUGGACGUAGACGAUUGCGUAAAGGCGUCACAGGGGGCUUUUCAAAUAUACCGGCAUGUCAACCCACGGCAAAUAGCAAAAUGGCUUCUUGCAUGGCACGAUCUUAUUGUACAAGCCCGAGAUGACAUUGCCAAGAUCGUGGUCUACGAGACUGGCAAGCCUAUGGCCGAAGCUCUGCUCGAGGUUGACUAUGGGCUAAGCUUUGUGUGGUGGUUUAUGGGCGAGGCCGAAAGGAUUCGAGGCAGCACAGCGAUCCCAGCGGUGUCGAACAGACGAACAUUUGUGAUCAAACAGCCAAUCGGCGUUUGUGUGGCACUGGUGCCGUGGAACUUUCCUGUCGCCAUGAUCUUAAGGAAAGUUACAGCUGCAUUAGCUGCUGGAUGCACCAUAAUCGUCAAGCCAUCGCCAGAGACGCCGCUCAGUGUGCUCGCAUUAGCUGACCUAGCAGCGCGGGCGGGCUUUACUGAAGGUAUUUUUAACGUGCUCCCUACGGAUCUUCAGCAAACACCUGAGCUUAGCGAAGGCUUGUGUAAACACCCCGAUGUGCGAAAGGUUUCCUUUACUGGCAGUACCGCUGUCGGCCGACUUAUCUCCCAUCACUGUAGUGAAGGUCUAAAAAAGGUUACUAUGGAGCUAGGUGGUAAUUGUCCAUUCAUUGUUUUCGAUGAUGCCGACCUCGACGCCGCGCUCGACGCAUUGCAAGUGCUGAAGUGGAGGACGUGUGGGCAAGCAUGUACCCAUGCGAAUAGGAUCUUCGUUCAGAGAGGCGUAUAUAAAAGGUUUGAGGCCAUGCUUAUCGAAGCGGCGCGGCGGAUCCGGGUAGGUCACGGGAGUGCGGCUGAGACCACGAUGGGUGCUCUGACAAGCCCAAGAGCUCUGGAGAAAUUACAACAGCAUGUUACAGACGCAAGGGAGAAUGGUGCGCGAAUCGUUCUUGGUGGAAAGCAGCCGGAAGGAGUGCAAGGCUAUUUCUUUGAGCCUACAAUCAUGUCCGAUAUGACUCCAAAGAUGCUAUCGUACAGAGAAGAGAUAUUCGGUCCUCUUCUCGCGCUGUAUCCGUUCGACACGGAAGAGGAAGCAGUUCGGCUUGCAAACGACACCACGAUGGGUCUAGCAUCAUACUUCUUCACAAAAAAUGUCGAUCGUGCCUGGCGAUUACUGGAGAGUCUAGAGGCCGGUAUGAUCGGAAUGAACUCAGGCAACAGCUCCUGCGCCGAGUCCCCUUUCGGGGGGAUCAAGGAAUCGGGAUACGGGAAAGAAGCAGGAAAGGAUGUUGCCAUUGAGGAGUAUCUGAUCGCUAAAACAGGAACGCUGACUCUGCAUUCGGGCGCAAAAAUUUGA